AGCUUCUCGCGAGGGUGUCUUAUGUUAACCUACCUACCAUUGCUCUGUGUAACACAGACGCUCCUCUGCACUGCUGACAUUGCCGUUCCAUGUAACAAACAGGGGUAUUCACCCAGUGAACCCUGUUUGGUGGAUGCUGGCUUGGGAAGUUCUGCACACGUGUGGCACCAACAGUGCCCAUCUGGUCACGCCCGAUUCCUACUUCUAUAGAGAUUCUAAGAGAUUGGGAAGGAAGAGUAGGUGCAGUUAGAAAGGUUGUGACCAAGAAGGAAUGUCAGGGUGAAUGGACCGUACUUACUCCUGAGUCCACUGCUUCCAGACGGGAGGUGACCUGAAGGUGUGCAUGUGUCCCCUCAUGCAGAAGUUCCCUAGUGACGAUCAGAAUGUUCAGAGAGCCACUGGGGUCUAGUCUGCAGGUCUCACUGCGCAGGAAUCAGACGGAACCACCACUGAGUGGUCAUCAACUGUUUCACAGACGCUUGAGCAGCAGAGAAAGGUGGCUGGAAGACAAAUAGUUUCUUAGAAAACAAGAGAUCAAUCCCCCAUCCCCAAAUAGCAUCCCGGGUGGGAAUACAGAUAGCUUUAAACAAAAGGACUUCUCUCACUCAUCCUUUCUAAUGCUGUGAGUGCGCACUUAACCGGGGCCAGGAACAGUGGAACAUACAGAAGAAAUAAACAAUAGACUCUCAGGGGAGAUAGAGAGCACAGCAACACAGGACGCACUGAGGUGGCAGGGUGCGCAUGCCGAGGGCCGGCAGCAAGCUGGUGCGUGCAUAUACGAUUUCCAUGGCAUCUGGACAUGCAGAAAAUUGGAAGUAGAAAGUUGUUAUUAGGAAGUAAGACUUGAGCUGAGUUUGGGGGAUGGGCAAUCUGAGUCAGUGGAUAAAUCAUCUGACCGUUAGACUGGGGAGAAAUGUCCCACGAGGGCCAGGGAGGAACUUAAUGGGGACAGAGGAAGUUGGAGUGCGAAGAAUUUCCCUCUCUGUUCCUGUCAAUAUCAAUCAGUCAUUCUUCUUGGAGAACCCCAUACCGACUUCUCUUUCCACAGCCUGUGGAGCUGACCAGGCCAUUCUUCCCAGGCAGGGAUUGCCGAUAUGGGGGCCUUUCUCUGGUCACUCCUUCUGCUGCUUCGGGAAGCCAAGGGGUUUUCUGGAGAUGAUGAGGACCCUGAGGAAGUGGUUGCAGCUCUUCAAGAGUCUAUCAGCUUCUCCCUGGAAAUACCACCCAAUGAAGAGGUUGAGAGCAUCACCUGGUCCUCUCAAAAAAACCUCGCCAUAGUGGUGCCAGGGAAAGAGGGACAGCCGACCAGCAUCAAGGUGAUGGAUCCUCGCUUCCGGGGUCGAGUGGACGUCUCGGAGUCCAGCUACUCUCUGUAUAUCAACAAUCUGACUUGGGAGGACUCGGGACUUUACGAAGCCAAAGUCAACUUGAAGACAUCCCAGUUCUCUAUCACGAAAUCUUACAAUCUCCUUGUCUACCGGCGACUGUCAAAGCCCCAUGUCACUGUGACCUUUAAGAUUUCUGAGGAAGGUGCCUGUAAUAUAUCCCUGAUGUGCUCUGUAGAGAGAGCAGGCAUGGAUGAGACCUACACCUGGUUUUCCUCACAGGACAGCACUAACACUUCUCGUGAAGGCUCUGCCAUCAGUACAUCCUGGAGGCCCGGUGACAGAGCCCUUUCCUACACUUGUAGGGUCAGCAACCCCAUCAGCAGCACCAGCUCCCGUCUCAUCCCUGUUGGGUCCUUCUGUGCAGAUCCUGGCUCUCCAGAGAAAUCUCCAACGUUCUGCCUCCUGGCCAAGGGCUUGCUCCUUCUCUUACUCUUGGUGACUCUAGCUGUGGGACUCUAUGUCUUCCGAGCCCAGAAAAGUUAUGAGAUGUCAAGGGUGAGGAAACUCAAGAGAAACCGAAUUAAACUGAGGAAGAAGGGGAAACCUGGUCCUAGUCCAGUCUCACCACCCCUGGGGGAUGUCUGUUCUGAGCUCUGACUCCUCUUAGCCUCCAGGGAAAUCAUCUGGGGGGCAGGUGGGAGGGCAGACCAGGGUUAAACACCUGAAAGGACCAUAUUUCCUGAGAGACACCAUCUGGCAAUAAAGUCAAGUCCCCACCCCUCUG